CUCUGUGAUAUUGAACAAUGUGUGGGUACUUUAAAUAAUGAAAUUGCCGUGAUUUCUAAAUGGAGCAGAUACAAUGGAUUGAAACUGAAUGCUGGUAAAACGAAGGCAAUGAUCUUUGGUACGGCGCAGAAGGAUCUGCGCUGGCUAUCACUUAAGUCCAGGCGUGAGUUCUUUCUGUCGUGCCUGAUUUAUAAAGCUUUUUAUCUGCAUCAAAAACCGUUAAUCCAGCAGAACCUGCGUGCUUUAGAGCCACGGUUUCGUAGAGGUGAUGUUCGACAGGACUAUUUAGCUUUACCUAGCUGUCGCACGACGAAAUAUGAUAAAUCGAUUAUUGUUUCGGUGAUCAGAGUUUGGAAUGGACUACCAGUGCAAUGUACGUCGGCGCUAACGUUUGUGGAAUUUCGCAGACUAACCUACGAGUACUUUUUGAGUGUGGAUAGAUCAUAA